AUGGCUCAUCCCGCAAGGCUAACGAACCAACAGAAGUCGCCUCGAACAGGCCUUCCUUCUCUCCCUGGUUCUGGCACCCACGAGCGCAAGCGCCAGCCGCCGUCCGACCCGUACGACCUAGACUGCUACCCAGGUGUUUAUCGGGGAGUCCAGCAAGCGCCGUGGAAAAGGCAACAACCCCGAAAAGGCUCCGUUCUCGGCUUCGAUUGGCCUUCGCCAAACGCCAGCCACUCCCACCAGCGGCUACCGACUGGCAGAUCAUCGUCGGCGUCGGCACUUCAGCAUGCGACGCAGUCGAGCUUGAAGCAUAGUCUUGACAAGCCUCUUCCGCAACCCCCUUCUCCGCCGACCUAUACGACCCUCGCGCUGUUGGCGGGUGGUACCGGUCGCGUCGGCAACCGUCUUCGUCCGAAUAUUGAUCGCUUCCAAGGCCGCUCAACCAAACCCAAGAUGGACGGCCGGACCAGCACGACGGAUUCGGGUUCCUCGAAUCAGAUGUAUGGCGCCCGGGACCGGCACGCCCCCGACGUGAAUAGCAGCAUGAGCAGCUUGGCAAGUUCGGUGAGGCAUGAUGCCGCCGACGAAGCAAGGGAUGGAACGGCAUCGCGAACCAACGGCCCCGCUGCGGCGGCAGCGGCGACGACGGCGGCGGCAACCGCUCAGGAGAGAGCGCAGGCCGCCGCGACCCCCAUCGGCGGACCCCCCCAGGGUUCUUCGGCCCAUUUGUCAGGGUUGAUGUGCAAUGUGCAUCGCACGACGGGCCGGGAACCCCCUCCGCUCGUCGGUGCCACCACCACCAUACUGGGAGACAAACUCUACGUCUUUGGCGGCAGGGCCUUGUCCAGGAGUCGUCCAGCUCCGCUGACGGCCGACCUGUUCGAGCUCGACCUGAUCAGGCGACACUGGACCAAGCUCGAGGCGGCGGGAGAUCUGCCUCCUCCGAGGUAUUUUCACUCCAUGUGUCCGCUUGGCGACACCAAGUUGGUUUGCUACGGCGGCAUGUCUCCCGCACCGACCCAGCCUGCCGCCGCCGCCGCCGGCGAGCAGCAGCAGGCCGAGGUCGCCGUCAUGUCCGACAUUUACGUCUAUGACACGCGGAGCAACAGGUGGACAUACCUGCCAGCCCAAGACCCUCCCCAGGGUCGGUACGCGCACUGCGCUUGCAUACUUUCGUCGGCGGCCGCCUUUUCCUCCAAGCACGCUCCGCUGUCCGCACUGCAGCACAACCCGUCAUCGGCCAACCCGAACGAGGGCCGCAUCGGCAUCAACAUUGACGGCACCGGUGGCGCCGAGAUGGUUGUCGUCGGCGGCCAGGACGGCGCAAACCACUAUAUUGAGCAGAUUAGCGUCUUCAAUCUUCGGAGCCUCAAAUGGACGUCGACGCAGUCUCUGGGAAAGAGCUGCGGUGCAUACCGCAGCGUCGUCGCUCCCCUGCCUCCCUCGGUGACGGCCAAGAUUGGCAAGCCGAAUCAAGGCGCUUCGCAGCGACUGGAUGGCGGCAUCAGCCUGGAGGCGCGUGAACUCGGCUCGUCGAUGCUCAUCUACUCCAACUACAACUUUCUGGACGUAAAGCUGGAGCUUCAGAUCCGUGCCUCGGACGGGUCCUUGACGGAGCGACCAAUGUCUGGUACCUACUCGCCACCCGGUUUGCGUUUCCCCAACGGCGGCAUCAUCGACACUCAUUUCGUCGUCAGCGGAACCUAUCUCACCUCUUCCAAGCAAGAAUAUGCCCUUUGGGCGCUGGACCUGAGGACGCUUACCUGGAGUCGAAUUGAUGCUGGCGGCAGCGUUUUCAGCCAGGGCAGCUGGAAUAGGGGCGUCCUGUGGAAUCGUCGCAAUACCUUUGUCAUCUUGGGCAACAGAAAGCGUAGCCUCGUGGAAGACUACAACCACCGGCGCAUCAACUUCUCGAAUGUCUGCAUGGUGGAGCUGGAAGCGUUUGGGUUCUACGACAAUCCGCGCAAGACCAACCCCAUGUCGGGCUUCAUCUCCGCGAGCAGCCCGUACUCGGGCGGCGGCUUCAGCCUGACACGCAAGGCCGGUUACACGGCAGGCGGCCGCUUCCAUUCCAGGGCCAGUGAGGAGCUGGGAGAAAAAGCUCUCAAUCUGCGAGAACUGUCCGACAUGGAUAUUCUCUGCAUCGCUGGCGAGCGUGUACCGGUCAACUCGAGGAUACUGGCGAGGCGAUGGGGCCCGUACUUUGUUCAGCUGCUCCGAGAGGGAACCGCUACCCAGGACGGAAGCGAUGCCGUGACGCUGCGUUCAGGCCACUCGAGCAACGCUGCGAGGGCGUCGGCGAUGACCGCGACUCCUCGUCCGAGAACCACGGCGGAACCAUCGCCGAGCGGCUCCGGAUACUCUGGGCACUCGGGACACUCGGCCUCGACAUCGAGCACAUCGGCGCAGAGCGGCCGAUCAACCCAGGGCGGCGACGGAAACCCCGUCAACAUAAACUCCACUCCCACUCCGCGAUCUCUGCCACCGAAUGGGAGGCCUCGAUGUCUCUACCUGCCACAUACGUUCCUGACGGUGCAAGCGUUGCUGCAUUUUCUCUACACCAGCUCCCUUCCGCUGCCGACUUCCCCGCUCUGCACGCCGCAAAUACUGUGCUCUCUGCUUCAGAUUGCCCGACCUUACCGGGUCGACGGCCUCCUGGAAGCCAUCGUCGAGCGAUUGCAUGCUCUUCUGGAUAGCAGAAAUGCCGCCGCCGUCUUCAACGCGACGGCCAUGGCGGCCGGGGGAGGGCGAGGCAUCGACGGAUCGCUGAAUCCGAACUAUUUCAUCAGCGGCUCCGAGAACGAAUCUCACGUAAUGGCGUCGAAUUACUCGGCAGAUGGUAGCUCGACAAACGGGUCGUCUCUGUCGGAUCUGGCGUCAACCGCUGGAGGGCUGAGCCUUAACACCAAAGUUCCGCAACAGAAUCGUCCGUCUAGCGGUGAACUCUCCGCCACCAGCGUCAGUGGUUCCGAGCAGGGUUCGGAGAUCGGCGCCAGUGACAUGGAACGCUUCGUCUGGAACGCCGAGCUUAGCAGUGUCAUCGGUUUGCAGAAACGAGGCCUGAGAGGCCUCAUGGACGGCCGCAGAAUGCGGGAGAGGUCAGCAACCGGGGGUGCGGCGACUCUUAGCACGUACGGAGCUGCCGCCUAUAUCGGCGGUUCUUCUGGGGGUGGCCAACGCCUCGGCCUUGGCCUCGGGAUCCCUGGGUAA